UUAUUAGGUCAGUGUGCCCUUUCCCCAUUUCACGAACUCGCCGUCACCACCCCUCAGGUCGAGGCUGCCGUGUCCACGCGGUUGCUGGUAAAACUUGGACAAGCUCUACAACAUCGUCCUUUCCAAGCUCUUCCUUGAGUUGCACAAUCGAAUCGAGAUAAGCUCAAGCCAUUAGGAACAAUCACACAACUGUUAUAGUGGAGAUUAAGCAUUGCAAUCUUGGAAAUGGCUCCUCCUGAAACAAGCUCUAGACUUCCAAGCUGUGAUGCAUAUUUCGAUGCUAUCCAGUUGAAAAAGAAAUUGCCAUAUUCUUUGCAAGAAUGCCUGACUUCUGCAUUUGCAGGGAUUCCUGUUUCAUCAUUUCCAGAAGUUCCUGGAGGCAAAGUAAUUGAAAUACCAGGAGAUACACCAAUUGUUGAAGCAGUAAGGAUUCUUUCAGAACACAAUAUAAUGACUGCUCCUGUUAUCAGAAAUACUGAUGGAGAGAGUAGCACCGAUUGGAGGGAUAGAUACCUCGGAAUUAUUGAUUAUGCGGCAGUCAUUCUCUGGGUUCUAGUGAACGUGGAGCUUACAACCAUUGCUUUAUCUGCAAGUUCAGCAACAACUGCAGGAGUCGGGGAAGGUGCAUCUGGUCCAAUUGGAGCUGCAGCUCUUGGUGCAACUGGUUCAGCAGCAGUUUCUGGGUUAACCAUUGCAGUAGGUGCAGCUGUUGGUGGUGAUGUCGCCAUUGAGAAGGGCACAGGGAAAGAUUCUCUGUCAACUGAUCAACACUUAGGAGAUAAUUUCUACAAAGUCCUUCGAGAGGAACCUUUUGGCUCUACAACAGUUAAAUCAAUCAUGGAGUCAUACCGAUGGUCACCAUUCCUCCCUGUUGGACUUGAGAGUUCCAUGCUCAUUGUCAUGCUGUUGCUAUCAAAGUAUAGAUUAAGAAGUAUUCCAGUUGUUGAAUCUGGCAAGUCACAUGUUAAGAAUUUCAUCACACAGACAGCAGUUGUACGAGGUCUACAGCAAUGUGGAGGGAGGGACUGGUUUGACUGCAUUGCUGCAUAUUCCCUUUCUGACCUUGGACUUCCUUUUAUGUCAUCUGAAGAGGUUAUCAGCAUAAAAGGAGACGAUCUGGUUUUAGAAGCCUUCAAAAGAAUGAAGGAGAACCACAUUGGUGGUCUCCCUGUCAUCCAGGGACCCAGACGCAAAAUCAUUGGCAGCAUUAACAUUCGAGACAUCAGGGUUUUGCUGCUGAAGCCUGACUUACUCACUAAUUUUGGGCAUUUAACCGUGAUGGAUUUCCUGAAGAACUUAGAGUCAGUUGCAGAACAACCAGUGACUUGUUCACCGAAUGCUUCCCUUGGAAGUGUUAUUGAUCGUCUAGCAUCCAAAUCUGUUCAUAGGAUUUAUGUGGUUGAAGAAGAGGAGAGUGAAAUCGUUGGCGUUAUUACUCUGAGGGAUGUCAUCUCCUGUUUCAUCUUUGAGCCACGCUAUGUGAUUGACAAAUACUUUGGCUGUGCCUUGAAGGAGUUGCAGAGCCGAUGAAAUCAUGCAAAGAAGCAAAUUUUUGAUCGAAAAUUGGAAGAGCGACGCUAGCAGCAAAGACAAGCUUCGUUUAUGUACAGCCAUGCAAGAAUUUUGUAGUCUUUUUAAUCUUUCGUGGGUUUCACAUGAACUGUGCAACCUUUUAGUUGAAUGGUAAUAUCAACAUUGAUUUUACGUGAUUAGAUGCAAGUUUCUUGCCAGUUUGACUA